CCAGAAACUGCCAGUGCUCGUGACGUUGUCUUCAAGUUAAAUCUCAGAAGGAAAAAAAAAGCACGGGGACAACAAAGAGAGGAAGUGGCCUGGGCCGGCCCACCCGCAAUAAGAGGCAGCAGCAGGGACAGCGGCUGCGGCAGCCCUCGAGCCAGCUCCAGUCACAGUUCGCCCUGGGAGUCAGGCCCCCGUCCCUGCCCACAGCCAUGGACGUCUUCAAGAAGGGCUUCUCCAUCGCCAAGGAGGGUGUGGUGGGCGCCGUGGAGAAGACCAAGCAGGGGGUGACAGAGGCUGCUGAGAAGACCAAGGAGGGUGUCAUGUAUGUGGGAGCCAAGACCAAGGAAGGUGUUGUGCAGAGUGUGACUUCAGUGGCUGAGAAGACCAAGGAGCACGCCAACGCCGUAAGUGAGGCCGUGGUCUCCAGUGUCAACACCGUGGCCACCAAGACCGUGGAGGAAGCAGAGAACAUCGCGAUCACCUCCAGAGUGGUGCACAAGGAGGACCUGCAGCAACCUGCCCCCUCGCAGGAGGACAAGGCAGCCAAAGUGGAAGAGGAAGUGGCUCAGGAGACCAAGAGUGGAGGAGAUUAGAGGGCUGCAGGUGAGCUCGGAGGCCCUGAGGAACACCCCAACCCUCCUGGCACAAGGAGUGUCUGGUCCUGGAAUGUGACCUAUGGGACUGCCCAUGGUCCCCACGUCCUCCCCUGGCUGCCGCCACCACCAUCACCUGCCUCCCUUGUCCCCUCACCCCCUCUGGUCCUUCUGACCCCACCGAUGCUGCU